AUGGCGGAAAGACUACGAAAAAAGAUCGGAUUUGUAGGAGCGGGUACAAUGGCGUUCGCCCUGGCCAAAGGUUUCACGCUGUCAAACCGUGUGCUGCCUUCGGAAAUAUCCAUGCUUGUGCGUAAUGAAACUAAAAGGACUUUGGCCAUCGAGAACGGUUACCUUGCUGUGCACAAACCAGAAGAGCUCGGGCCGAUGGACAUCAUAUUCAUAUGCGUCAGCGCCGCAGAAGCACUUGGCUUAUUGAGAACUUUCGCCUCAGUCAUUGAUGGAAGCCGGCAGCUGAUCAUUUCCAUCGCAGUGGGAGUCUCACUCUCCAAACUCGUGGAGACUAUAACGGUAGAGAAGGAAAAACUCGGCCAGAAGGUUCAAGGGAAUCGGCGUAUUGCUCGGCUCCUCCCUAAUGUCGCCUGCCAGUCGGGCCAUGGCGUGAGUGUUUUCUGUCUUGGUCCUGACUGCUCCCACGACGACGCGAAGACCAUAAUGGCUCUUUUAACUACAUGUGGCGUCUGCUACCGUAUCGAUGAAGGAUACAUGGACGCAUCAGCUGCACUGGCAGGGUCGGGCCCUGCUUUCGUGUUCACUCUUCUGGAAGCCCUCAGUGACGCCGGCGUCAAGAAUGGCCUCCCGCGGGCUGUUGCGUCGGGCCUCGCAAUCGACACGGUGAAAGGGAGCUCAGAAUUGGCGCGCUCGAGACAGGCUGUAAAGACGCUAGGGGAAUUGAAAGAGGAGACAAUCUGGCCGGGGGGGGCCACUAUCAUGGGCCUGGCAGCGCUUGAGCGAUAUGGUUUUGCCAACUCGGUGAUUCAAGCAGUAGAGCAGUCUAUGAUACCAGCCGAGCCCGACGCUGACCUCCUCUGA